ACAAGCAAUCAUCAUCAGGUGACUUUACCGAAAGAACCAAGAAUAUGUUUAGCAGUCUUUGGAAGAACGUAAUCAGCCAGAUGGGGUGUUGACUUGUGUUUGCUGACUCAUUCAUUCGUACCUGAUGAUGGUUGCUUGUGUUGCAAUCUAAACGUCGUAUUCUAUUAUUAUUUAAUUUAUUUUCUUUCUAUGUGAUUUUACCGAAAGAACCAAAGAGUAAUACUUUAUGAGCUUUUGCAGAACUCAAAAACUGUACGUCUCCGUUUUACAGUACUGAGAAAAAAUAUCUGACUCAAAACCGUUACGAACACAUAGUUUCGUCUCAAAUGUCAGUGGCAUUGUCUAACAAAGUGGAAGUGGAAAUGGAGAACAUUAAAGCCCUUAAGCUACUUUCAAAGGCAUUAGGAUUAAGCUGAUUUUUUUUAUUUUGAGCAAAUGUGUAUUUUGAUCAUGCAGAUGUGUACGUGGGAGUGAAUGUGAAUAUUAGGCCAGUGUAUGAAGGUCAGUGUGUACAGCGUGCAUGUACAGUAUGGGUGAUUGCGGUGGCGGUUACAGUGAUGCGUGGGGCAAUGUCACAUAGCCCGACUGGCCCAAGUGAGAUCCAUUAAUUCAUACACAUCAUUUUUAAUUAGUCUUCCCUCAAUCUCAGCUUCUUAUAGUCACCAUCACCGUCAUCAUCAUCAUCCACGUAUGUUUGUUCAACUUUUUAGCAUCGUCCAUAGCCAGCCGUGCUAAUAGGAGGUGCGGGUGAAGGACAUCCAUGUUCUAUACACUGCUGGAUGAGUGCCUCUCCAUGCCGAUUCCAUCUCUCAUGGUUCUGCGAUGCAACAAUCACAAGCCCGCUCCUGCACCUGAGCCGAUCUCAUUGCUCCUUCUCCACUGUGGUUUGUACGCACUCUUAUCCAUCAGUCACCAUCCCUUCCAGCGAUGCUUAUUCCAUUGAUGUUUUAUAUAAAAUGUAUAUAUAUAAAGGCAGUCGGUAGUCGUAGGACAAAAUAUAAAAGGAAGUUUUUUUUUUAACAGCAGGGAGGUCAGCGGCACAGAUGGCAGAGGGGAGUACGUUCCAGACUCUGGGAGCAGCAGAGGAGAAUGAGUGACAGAGGAGAAUGAGUGAGAUUCAAAGUCAAGAUGUUCCCCUGUAUUUGCUUGCUCACACCACGGCUAGUGGAAGGGCCUCCACUAGAGGGAGCUCUAGAGGGUAAAUCUUGGCCUACUCUUCCACGCUGGUCAGACGUCUUGAAUGGGGUGGUAGUUACCCCACUGUACCCCAUUACAUGCGACUUGCCGAUCGACUGGCAGAGAUGCACCCGUUUGAGACGUUUGCCGUUGUUUCAACUACUGAGCCAGGAGACUUACGAUAUUCAGAAGCUACUGAAGCUAUGCACUUUUAAAGCUAGAUGGAAAACUUGUUGAUUUGGAACGGUUUUUUAUGUUUAGUUUGCUCUUCCCCUGCACCUCCGAGUAGCCCGGCUGGCUACGUACGGUGCGAAAGAAGUUCAACAUACUUGCGACAUCUCAGUGGACCUCCUCUUGGACGGGUUCCAGUUGUUGGCUUCCACAUACAGACAAAACUGGUGACCUCUCAACUGAAGUCCAAUGGGCUAACCAUUGAAACAAAUAUAAACUCUACAUGAUGCUGUACAUUCCCUUCUGAAAGUGAAUUAAUGCAAACCCUAUGUCUACACCUGUAUAGAAAGCAGACGUUAUUGGAAUGCAACACUUCUUAACUGAAUAAAAAAAACACAAGUUUAUGCAAGCAGUGCAUGCAGAUCUAGAAUGAAAUAACAUCGAUGAUGCCUGGUUAUGAAAACGUGAUGCCACUUGUUCAGGAUGAGUGCCCCAAACCCUUUUAUUGAGGACGAGAAAACUAGGCUGCAGACCACAUUUGUAUAUGAAUAUUAUUAUUCGACUACUGUAGUUAUAAUGUUUUACUUAUACCACCCAAGAGGCAUCGUUCAACAGCACUGCAGAAUGGAAUCAUGGAUCCAUCUUGUCUGUAAAAAAAGGUCCGUCUGCUUUAGUGUGAGCACAAUACGGUCUUACAACAGCGUAGAGUUUUAUAAAACCUUUACAUAAAAGAAUUGGGUCAUUUUAAAACAAAUUAAGUUAACACGUUAUGCUUAAAGGCAUAGUUAAACAACACAUUAAAACUCAUCUUAUCCACAAUGUUGUAGACACCAGGAUUAAUGUAUUGCAAACUCCUGUUAUUCAUUAUUUAUUUUAAAGAAGAUGGUCAUGAUCUUAGUGUGUAUGUGUCAUGUGCAAUGGGUCACAGCAGGGCAAUGUAUCAUGACAACUCUAGGGAAGUGCUUGCUAAAAAAAAAUCUAAUAACGGAGAGCUUCCUGCUAUUCAUUUUGUUUACACCAUCUAAUUUGCAAUCACAUCGCAUGUUGAUGAAUAUACUUCUGCACUGAUAGUGCAGUGCAAUAUUUUACUCCAUCGUUUAGAUCACCAUGCCAUGAAUGUGGUAUGUGGUGGUUGUGGUUGUGAUAGUGGUACUGCAAAUGUCCAUUGUGGAGUUUAUCUUGCACAGUAAUAUGCGUAGCAGCCUAUGACCAAACCACCCAAAAUGUGCCGAUCUCUGCAGAUCUCGGAAGCUAAGCAGGGUGGGUGAACACGAUGCAUAACCAGGCUGCCAAGGUGGGCAAUGUAGAAGUAAAAUCCCUUGUUAUACUCUACUUCUAUGCUCCCACAUCUCAGCUGCCUGUAUUCACAAACCCCCACUGACCUGGGUGGUGAAGCAUAGUCAAAUACAGUGACCCUCGUUUCCAGCAUGGCAUGGGUAGAGCCCUCAUCCAGGAGUGGAUUUACCAAGGUACGUACAAGCCCACGUGUAUCAGCAUGCAUGGUGCAAAUACUGCACCGGAAUGCUCGUGGAAUAUGUGGGGUUGUGUAUGUGGGUCAGGGGAGGUCUGUGCGAUGUCUACACACACACACACACGGUAUGUGUAACUCUCAUGCGUCUAUACAGGAUGUGCUUCCAGCCGCACAUGCGAAAUGUAGUGUCAAGGCGCCUAGAAUUUAGGAGCAUUGCAUACUGCAAAGAAAGCGAAGCAGUUGCUGCCCACGUGCGCUCGACAAGUUGCAAGCAGCAUGCCCUACCUAGCACACGAGCGUCUGGCUUUUGCAGGUAAAAGGGACAUUCGCUCGCCUUGGUGACUAAGCUGACAGCUGGGGCGAGUGGAGUGCAGUCACGAAGGGAGGGGGUUUGCUGGAGGGGGUGCGGCUCCACCACGAGAAAGCAUUGCUCCCCCCCCACUAUAUUAACCCCCUCCCAGACCCUACCCUCCCGUUUAAUCUCUUUUGCAUAAUAUGUUGUUAUAUGCCACCGGUGGUGACUUAAGGUCAGCUGCUGCACCUGAUGCCCACUCACUGCUUGGCUUGCAGUAAUUCACAAAUAAUUGCCGCAAAACAUUAUUAACGUGGAAGGGAAAGCCAAACGACGUCGAGAGGGCCUCUCUUGAGCUCUCUCUUGUGUUCCGUGGACAGGAGGCCCUCCAGAGUAGUAGGUAGGCCCUUCUGGUACAGGAGGCCCUCCAGAGCAGUAGGUAGGCCCUUCAGUCCAUGGAGGCCCUCCAGAAUAGUAGGUAGGCCCUUCAGUACAGGAGGCCCUCCAGAGUAGUAGGUAGGCCCUUCAGUACAGGAGGCCCUCCAGAAUAGUAGGUAGGCCCUUCAGUACAUGGAGGCCCUCCAGAAUAGUAGGUAGGCCCUUCUGGUACAGGAGGCCCUCCAAAGUAGUAAGUAGGCCCUUCAGUACAGGAGGCCCUCCAGAGUAAUAGGUUGGCCCUUCAGUACAGGAGGCCCUCCAGAGUAGUAGGUAGGCCCUUCUGGUACAGGAGGCCCUCCAGAGUAGUAGGUAGGCCCUUCUGGUACAGGAGGCCCUCCAGAGUAGUAGGUAGGCCCUUCAGUACAGGAGGCCCUCCAGAGUAGUAAGUAGGCCCUUCAGUACAGGAGGCCCUCCAGAGUAGUAGGUAGGCCCUUCUGGUACAGGAGGCCCUCCAGAAUAGUAGGUAGGCCCUUCUGGUACAGGAUGCCCUCCAGAGUAGUAGGUAGGCCCUUCAGUACAGGAGGCCCUCCAGAGUAGUAGGUAGGCCCUUCAGUGCAGGAGGCCCUCUAGGGUAGUAAGUAGGCCCUUCUGGUACAGGAGGCCCUCCAGAGCAGUAGGUAGGCCCUUCUGGUACAGGAGGCCUUCCAGAGCAGUAGGUGUAGGCCCUUCUGGUACAGGAGGCCCUCCAGAGCAGUAGGUGUAGGCCCUUCUGGUACAGGAGGCCCUCCAGAGCAGUAGGUGUAGGCCCUUCUGGUACAGGAGGCCCUCCAGAGCAGUAGGUGUAGGCCCUUCUGUCAGCAGUGGUGUGAGCAGCCAUCGCAGGGCUGCACCUUUAGCUUUUUAAUGGCCUCCAUUGCGUUGUUUCUAGUUUUUGCGAGUCUGAAAUGUUACACAAUCAUCUAAAUUGCACGAAUUGUUAAUACCGGAAUAUGUUCUUCCUGGCACAAUUUGUUGCACGUAUCGUGAGAAUAAGAAUCUCGUUAAAUUGAUGAAUCCAUGAUUUGUUGCAUUCCUACUCACAGCACCUAUCCGCUGUUAAUCCUUCACCUUUAAAGGUUCUGCUGUGUAAACUGUAACGCGCGGUAGCACUGCUUGAAGCGUAACAUUCUUCAGCAAAACGCUUGCAAGUGUUUAGAAUGUGGCGUGUUAAAUUUUCCAGUUGCAAACCUUGCUGCCUGCUGUAGUAGGUACUAGGUAUGAGGUGAAAUGUGCCAGAAAAAAACAUGCAAUCUUACUACAUUGAUUGUGAAAAAUGUGCGUGACUGGUUUAGCGUUGGAGCAGUGCCGUUCAUUAUGGUGUGACGGUGAUGGUCGUUGCUCUAAUGCUCGUUUAUGAAACAGCGGUGGGUAUUUGAAAAUAGCUACAUUCUUUAACGUGCUCGCGUAUUCGGGCGCAAUGGAAUGAUGAAAAACAGAUGUUAACGGUCGCCUGAGAAAUGUGUGCGUGCCCGCUUGUGUGUGAUGUGUGUGCGCGUGCUGGUGUUGGCAGGCUGAUUUUCAGUGCAAUCUGCUUCUGGGGGUGUGAGUGGACAAAGCAAGACUGAUGAAUUAGACACUCUCUUUAAUGUGUUUGUCAGUGUGGACACUUUAUAUAUGCAGGCGUACAUUUAUGUUUCUGAAAAUUGGGGUGUCUUUACUUGUGGCUGUAGGUGUGCAUAUAGGGAGUGGUGGUGUAGCUGUAAUUGCACCGAGCUAAUGACCCCAGUAGCCUAGGUUAGAGUCUUUGCCAUCCGUUUCAAGCAUUACGUGAAAUUAGGACUCAUCAGCACGGUAUAGUCGCUGCUGCAAAGUGUACCUCCGCAUGCGGUUUCCAUUUGGCAGGCUUUGCAGGAGUGGCCAACGGUGAUAAUAUAUUUAAUUAUAUAUUAAAUAUAAUGACUCGUGUACUUGUGCAUGCACGACACAUAUAACCCCGGAGCAUAUAUAAAUUAAGAUUCAAGAUAAUACAAUUUAGAUGCAAAAGCUGGGAUUAUUUUUUUGUAUUAAUGCUCAGGAUCGGGGUCGACAACAAUGACAAAUCACAUUAACCAUUCAAUUUGCGUGACGUUAAGGCAGACGUGUUAACGUUAAUUGGGUUAACUGGGCGAGGUUCAACUGAGGCCAUCUGGCAAAUGUAAGUGGCACUCUGUUGACAGCCACCAUUCUCAUUCGGUCAUUCAGUCACGUCUAACAAGGCCUUGGCUUUCUUUAGUGCCGCUCGAUUACGAACAACCGUAGGUUGUAUUAUGGCCUCUUUUAGCAUGACAGAAUAGGGGUCACGAAAACAGAAGUCCACACGCUGUUGUAAUCAUCGAUUAAAAGUUGCGUUAACAGAUGGUGUGGGGAACGCGGUAAGAAGGAGAAAUUGGUUGGUCAGGCGAUUGAGAAAAAAAAAUAUCCUUGAUUUGAUGUAAUGCAUAAGCUGGUAGCUGCGUAGCAGGCUGGUAAAUGUGGUAAAUGUGGAACUAUCGUGCAUCCUUGUGCUGACCGGUUUGAGUCAGUGUUAUUUGACUCAUUGUUAUUUUGACUCAUUGUAUACGAGUUGCUAUUUUCGUCAUUCAUAACCUCUGCUUUUACAUAUUCAUUCGUCAUUUUGCACAGUUGGGUAGAGUACCAGAAUGGCCGGCUACCCUUGCAUUCAGUGACAUGUCUUGUAGCCUAGCUCUCGUAGUGUCUACCGUAGCCCAAUUGCGAUUCGAGUUAUCUUCAAGGCUUAACAUUCGAACGCUUGGCACUGCAUUGUCCAUUGCAGUCUCGCUCGCGUGCCACGGCUUCAUUGACAAUUGAGGCCGUCGUUCUGCUAAUGCACCGCUAAAGCCCCCCCCCACAAGCCGCCCCCCGAUUGUGCGAGUGUGAGGCCAAGGAACUCCUGUGCAGGUGGCACGGUGAGGCCGAGGACCUCCUGUGCAGGUGGCACGGUGAGGCCAAGGACCUCCUGUGCAGGUGGCACGGUGAGGCCGAGGACCUCCUGUGCAGGUGGCACGGUGAGGCCAAGGACCUCCUGUGCAGGUGGCACGGUGAGGCCGAGGACCUCCUGUGCAGGUGGCACGGUGAGGCCAAGGACCUCCUGUGCAGGUGGCACGGUGAGGCCAAGGACCUCCUGUGCAGGUGGCACGGACUGCAGUGACCAGAUGAGAGUUGACCGGUGUGGAAUCCACUCGGUCAUAAUUGUCACCCAGAAUUGGGUUACUUGCCUUUAUUGUGUUUCUAAUGUUGUAAAUGUUGUGGCCGUUAUGCCAUUAUGUGACCGAGGCUGCAAUCAACACACCGGUGCCACAGUGACACGAGCUGACAAGCCAACUGGUCUAGACCUGCAUUAUACUGCUCCGCUAUCCAAUAGCUUUCUCCGGGUGAUACGUUUUUGAAAAGAAACAAAGGCAAAAGAAAAAAAAGCUAAUUCCGCUAAUGUGUUUGCGUGCGGUUGGUUCACAGCGGCGAAGGCACCGAUCACAAAGUGCUUUGUCUGGCUUGAAGGCACGCUGCUUUGUACAGUGCAUGAUUCAAAGGGAGUGCAGGAAAACUGGGGGGGGGGGGGGGGGGAGUAUAAACGGAUGGGUUGUGACGGAGAAUGUGGUGACGUGGCACACACCACCCCGCCUUCCCGCAGGCCAGGAAUGACAUCCUCAGGGAGGAUGAAGGGCAGGAAGCGGGGCCGAGCAGCUAUAACGGACUGCCCCACAGCUACUCAGAGAUGAGCGGGAGCGAUUAAUAACACUUCUUCUGUGUCUGUGUGGGUGUGCGCGUCUGUCCGCCUGCUGCCUCUUGUGCAAAGCAGGCUGGUUGUGCAGAAAUGUGUUUACCAGCGAGUGUGUUUCUUGUUAUGUUGUAAGCUUUAUAUUAAUUAAUUAUUAUAUAAAAAAAUCUGCUAUUGUACAUUGGUCCUGAGUACAGUGUAUAAAAAUAUAUGCAAUUGCAUCUUAUUUUGGGACUUUUUUAAGGAAUGCAAAGUGUAAAAAAAAAUCUUUCUUCAAAAGAACAAAGGUGGAGCUUCAUGAAUGCAGAAUAAAACUUGUAAUAUAUUAAUUACAUUUAUAUGUAGACAAAAUUAAUUCAUUUUUAUAUGGAGCAAAACGUGCAUAGAAACAUCAUGUAAAUGAAAGACUUGCAUGCACACUGGAUAUGUUACUGACAUUUACACCACUUGCCGUACUGCACUAGAGGCUGUUACCCAGUGUCAUUGAAGCUGUUAGGGCCCUGGUGAGAUGUCUUGAACAGCAGUAGAAUCAGAAUCUUUGUUUAGACUGUGCAGUGCAUGGGGGGGGGAGGGCUACUGUUGGUCGUCAUGGAGACCCUAGGAGAUACACGGCCCCCCUAACCGCAAUCGUAUAGAGUGGGGGGCCCUUUUUGACUGCAUUGUCUGCUCAUGCAUUUACGCAGACCGGCCAACAGCGGGCCCUCUUUUCAACCAUGAGCCUCCUGCUUUACUACAAAAGGAUGAUGGUGAAACUCCUCUUUAUCAAAUUCCUGUCUGCUACUUCCCUAAUGCACACCGCUAGUUGAUCCGUACAUGGACUAUUUCCAUCCACGGAUAAUAGGAUUUGUAGUCUCCCAGAAGCACUAACGUGAUCGAAUUUGUAAACAUUUUUGCACGUUAUAAUUGCACAAAGCAGCGUGGAGAGAUGGAAUUCUACUGAGAGACAGAGGAGCCACGGGGGUUAUAGAGCACGUGCAGAGGCCCCUGCUCCUGCAUCCCGUGGGACCCCUCUGUACGGGAGGCCGUCGUGGUGGGGUGAGAGCGACGGGGAGUGGAAGGGCCUCGGGGCCACGGACUCCUCCCUGCAUAGAGACAAGUUCAGUGGGACCGACGGUGCAGCAAUGCAACACUACCCCUCUCCUCCGGACGGAGCGAGUGAAGAGGAGGCACAGAAGAGCGGCGUGGGCUCGUUGUACAUGGAGGGAGCCAACGGCUACGCUGGGCUGCGCCGGGAGCCCAGCUACUUUGAAAUUCCCACCAAGGAGCUGCAGAGAGAGGGCUCGGAGCCACCCACCAGGGACACCGACUGCACCGCCAACGCGACCGACCCCGGCUCCCCCUUCGUCAGCGGGCCGGGCCACGCCUCGUUCACCAUCGAGUUCGACGAGAACUCGCCGGGCAAGGUGACCAUACGAGACCAUGUCCCGGGAGCGCCGGCCGGCAGCGGCGGAGGUGGCGGCGGCGGCGGCGCCGCGGGCAGCGUGUGCUCGGGCAGCCCCGGCCCCGGCCAGCCGGGGGGGCGACCGCGCCUCUCCGGCCGGGACUCGCCGAGGAUCGCGGCGGACGGCGUGGUGGGGGUGGCCGCUGCCGCCGACAGCAAGGUGGCCGAUUGGUUGGCGCAGAGCGGCGUGCCAGCAGCGUGUGCCAGACGCUCCGCUCGCAAGGCCGGGGACCCUGUCGUCAGUGCCAAGGGCGAGGCGACGGCCAAUGGCAAGGCCUUCAAAGGGAGCAAACACGAGGACGGCACGCAGAGCGAUCGCGAAGAUGAGAGCGUCCGCGGCUCGGGAGGAGGGAAGGGCGGCUCUUUGCGCGACGCCCUCGCCAAGCACCGUCUGGAGCAGCAGCAGGCGCGUCUCCGCUCGCGCGACGACGGCGGCGGCGGCGACAGCGGCGGCGGCGGCGGCGGGGGGGGCGUGGGGGGCGCCUCCUCCCCCGGCCCGGCCCAGCAGGGGACGCCGCCCGCACAGCGCCAAGGCGUGCCCGGCCACGGCGCCGCCUUCACCAUCGAGUUCUUCUUCAACGAGGACGAUGGGAACCCGCGCAAACGUCGCUCCAACUCGUUUUCGCCGGGCUCGGCCCCGGAGGCGGCCGACGGCGGCCCGCUGACGGCGCUGCGCGGCAAAGUGGGGCGCGCCGAGCGGCCCUCCGCCUCCCCGCGGGAGACGGAGCCUCGCGGGAAGCCGCCGGCGACGUCGAACGGGGAGCGGCGCUCUCGGGAGGGCUCACCGCACACCGGGGAGACGAGGCUCCUCUCCGAAAAGACGUUUGUGUCGGUCUCCGUGGGGCCCAGGCCCGAGCUGCCGCGCACGUCGCCGGACGGGGACGCGCAGAAGAACGGGGACGGCGGCUCGGGGGUGGGCGGCCGAGGCGGCGACCACCGUGGUUUGCUCGCGGAAAUUGGAGAAACUUCGAAGGUAUAUGGAGUGUCAGUCAACGUCAGCUCAUCCCUUCCUCACACGGACAAAGAUGGGAAAACAAAGGCAGAUGGCAUAACAGCAGCGUCGGCUGCUUUGGGAUGGAAGGAUGGAAAACCUGAACUGGAGUGGCAGAGUGGAUUGGGAGGAACCAUAGCGGUCUACCCAGUAACACAAUUAACUGGCACAGAUCCUUUGGCACAGCAGGCAAGGCCCGUCGGCCCUGUGGCCCCCAGCGCAUCCCAGUAUCGCUCGCAGUGGGCCAGCUUGGCCACAACCCCAAAUGGGAGCUGGCCCAGCUUCCCUCCAGGCCAGGACAGGCCUACCGAGCCCACGCCCACAGCCCCUGACAAGGAUGCCGACGGCGGUGAAUCGUGCGUCUCGGUACGCAGCUCCGCUUCAGACGGCACCAGCAGCCAGUCGGACAGGAGGCGACGGGCGUUGCCGCAAAUCCCGCUCGAGAGAACGCACUCGGACGGGAUCCCCACCACUGCCGUGGGGCCAUUCCUGGCAAGACCCAGUACGGGGACGGGGGCAGUCGAGGAAAAGGAAGGGGCCAGAGUCGUGGCUGCAGACGGUUUGGCGAGCCAGGACGGUCAAACGGUGGCCGAACGAGCCGCUUGUGGUGGAAACAUCUGGGAGAUUGAUGUCACGUGCACGAGCGUGAAGGAGUCUGCGUCAUUGGGCUUGCGCACCUUGUCCGCGAAGACAACGGGGAUGCAAAGAAGCGAUGCUGGCGAUGUUAAAGGAGGCCCUCGGCAGCCGUCGCAAUCGGACUCUGGCUUCAGUACGCCAAAAACGUCGUACCAUAAAGCUGGCGAUGAGCAAAGGGACAGCGCGGGUAGCAGGCAACAGUCGACUAAAUCGGACACGAGGCCAGAAAGUGAAGGCGGCCUGUCGACAAGGCCCUUUGGAGACAAACCCUUGAAGGCCAUCGGACUCCUAAAUUCAUCCUUGCAGGACGAGGUCCUGGGGCGACCACGCAGUGCCUCGGAGAGCCGCCCCACCCGGCCGAGCGACGUGCAGAAGAAGAGCAGUGGCAAGGCGCUCGUACGCCAGGGCAGCUUCACAAAGGAGCGGCCGAGCUCGCUGGUGCCAAUCGAGAUGCUGCCGCACAUCAGCACCGUCGCGCCUGCCGAGAGCCAGUGUGAAGGUACCGAGGCACGGUCACCUGCGCCUUCGUCGGAGGCACCAAAGGCGCGAAGCUGCUCGAGGGAUGAGUCCGAAGCAAAGGGAGGUGCUGCUGUCGGCAAAGAUUUUAGCGCGGGGCACAGGGAGCGGAGCAACGGCGGUGAGACACGGAAGAGAAACGAUUCCGGCAACACGGCAUCCAGCACGGACACUUCUCUGCUGCUGAAGGAAACCGAAGCAGCCGUGGCAGCGCUGGAGGCCAAGCUGUCGGUGUCGGGUGGUUGGGAGGGUCUAGGGAGCCCAAUCCGUUCCCCAUCGCCCGAGUCGGAUGUGGACACCUCGAGUACUGUGAGCCUGGUGAACGGGGAGGGCCAGCGGAAGGCUGUGACGCAACGCAAGGCCUCCGCCAACGCCCGCGAGAAACUGUCAGAGCUCCGCAAGGCGCGCUCCGUGGAUCCCGGAGCGAAGGCGGACGUUGUGUUGGGCUCUCGUCGCACCAGGCCCGGUGUGGACAGGGUCGGAACGGUCGCCCGCCCGCCUUCGGCGGACUGGACGACGGACGACGAUCGGCCGUCUUCCUCCACGGCGCGCGCCGCAUCCUCGGAUCGCGCGUCCGGCUCGCAUCCUCCGCCGGGGCUCACCUCCACGGACGAGCUCAUGAGAACGAAGCUGGAGGGCAGAAGGGCGUCCGCGGCGGCGACGAUGUCCAGGGGCGGCGGCGCCGUGGCGGCGCCGCCGCCCCGGGGCGGCUUCGUGCCGACGCCGCCGUCCUCCAAACCGAGGCCGACGCGAACGUCCCUGAUGCGGCGCGCCCGCCUCGGCGACGUGUCGGACAACGAGUCGGGCGACGUGGACCGCGCCUCGGUCAUCUCGGACGUGUCCACCACGAGCUCGACGGGGGCGAGGCCGUCGCCCCAGCCGGGGCCUCGCAGGAGCCUGUCCCGCAUCGACCUCCUGGCCCAGCCCCGGCGGCCACGCGUCUCGUCCUCGCGCAGCGACACAGAGGCCACCGUGAUGUCUCCGGCUUCGGGCCGCUCGAGCCUCGGAAGCCGCAUAGCCGAGGCGGGCAGGGGCAACCUCGCGGCGGCACGCCUCUCCGGAGCGGCCCACGGGACGCCCGGCGCCAUGGCCAGGAGCCGCACGUGCAGCGAGUCGCGCGACCGCGAGCCCCGCAGCCGCUCCUCGAGCUCCACGCACAGCUCACCGUCCGGCACGCGCUGGCGCCACCGCCUGACCGACUACACCUCCACCUCGGAGGACGAGUUCGGCGCCAGCCGUGGCGGAGGGGCCGCCCCCCGCUACUCCGUCCGCAUGCGUGCACCGGGGGCUCCCGCAGACACCAGGGGGGGCGCGACGCGGGGUGGGCCCGCGACGGCCACGCUGGCGGCGCCUCACCACCACCACCACCAUCACCGGCCAACGUCCGGAUCGUCGUCCUCCACGUCGACGGUGACGUCUUCUCGGCCCCACUCUGGCGGCGUGGGAGCGGCGUUGCCGCCCCGCGGCGCGGCGACGGGCGGCGGCGGCGGCGGCGGCGGCGGUGCCGCGGCGCUGGGCGGCAGGAGGGGCGGCGGGGCGGCUCACACGGGCGCCGGCAAGCCGCAGGCCAAGGGCGGAGAUGAGGAUUACCUGAGGCACUGGACGGUGCACAGCGAGGAGAUUGCGAGGAUCAGCAAAGACCUCGCCAAAGACCUGGCCAUCCUGGCACGCGAGAUCCACAGCGUGACGGGAGACCCGGAUGGAGUCAGCUCUUCAGGCACGGCUCCCAGCACCACGGGCAGCACGGCCCCACCCACCCCCGGGUCUUCGAUCGACGCGCGCGAGGAGCUUGUGCCUCGCAUCUUUGAUGAGAGCCUGAACUUUAAGAAAGUGCCGCUCCCGGAGAGGCCUUGCGCGGAUAGCAAUGAUGGCACCGGGGGUCAAAGGUUAUCAGAGGUCAAAGAUCCCUUUACUCCCAUCACGAGGAAGAGAACCUGGAGUAGAGAUGAGGUGGUGCUCGAUACCCUGAUGCUCACCUCCAUCGCCCAGCUCUCCCAGCGUAUACGCUCCGCUACCGACAAAACCACCUCCAAGAUCCGCUAUCUGUUUAAAGACCAGGACCUUCCCUGGGAAGCGAUCGAGUCCAAGCUCAGCUUCGAUGGCGAAGUGCCCCUCCUGAGGACCACCAGCAGGGAGCUGACAUCCAUUCUACAGGACCUGAGAAAAGUUGAGAAACAGCUGCAAGUGAUCAACUUCAUCAUUGACCCCGACCGGGUGUUGGAAUCCGCGGGGACCUUGAACACGCCGGUGACCGCCUCCACCCCGGCCAGGGCCGCGUGCGGCUACGCGACGCAGGCCCCGGGCACGACGGCCCCACAGCUCGUCCACGCGAUGUUGGCCGGUGGGCAGCCGACCCCCGCCGGCUCCCUGACCCCGAUGCCGGCGCCCCGUGGCCCUCCGCUCCCGUUCCCGGGCCACGGCGUCCCGUCGUUCGCCGCGGCGUACGACGGGCCGCCGUCGAGCGUCGGCCAGGAGACGGGCUCGUCGCUGGGCCGCGGCGGCGGACGGGACAAUGGCGGCCCCCCGCCGCCGCGGCUGUCCCUGCUCGCCGUCUCGGUGGACACGGAGCGGCCCGACGGUUCGGGGACGGACGCCGGCUCGCGCUCCGCUCGCUCGAACGGCGCCGGGGGGGCAGAUGGCCAAGGCUCGCAGGGGUGAAGUGCGUCGCCGAUGAAUUUGCGCCCGCCCGCGGUUCUCCUUCGCCAAGCCGGCUGUGUGGGCGACUUGAUUCUAAUUGGCUCUGUUCUUUUUUUCGUAUCCUGGGUUAGGUUGUCGAAAAGGAAAAAAAACGUUUUGGAAAUCGACGUGGUUUACGUGGCCUGCGUGUGCUCCUUGUGUACGGGCUUAAGCGGUUACAAGAUGAAAUAUUAUAGCCGAUGAAGAGAGGAAACAUUUCCAGGCCUUAUUAAGAGCACGCUUGGACGGAAAUCUUAUGUAAUCACCGUGCGAUUGCGUUAGAUGCCAGGUGAAACACGCGCUUUGUGCAAAAACCCAUCGAGGUGCAUCAACUUUUAGUGGAACGUGUUUUUGGCCACCACACAUUUGUCAAAACAUGCAUCCAAUUCAGGUUAUAUGUUGCAUCAUUGUUCCAAUGCUGUAAUAAGGACCACCUAGUUAUAUUUCUUUUUAAUGAGUUAAAAGUUCAGUAUUGUAUCUUUUUCAAUUCCUCACUGUCUCGUCAAGUUACAUUUUCUGUGUUAUAUAUUUUUUUAUUUUUACAUGGUUCCUAGAUUUUUUGAAUAUUAAAUUACAGCAGCGUGCACUCAGCCGUACUAAGUACUGUUAAUCCUACUUUGUCCAUGAGUUGUCAUCUUAUUAAGUAGCUAGCCAAUUAAUAGCACAGCAAUAGUUGAAAUGUAUGUCCAUAGUGAAGUUGAGUUUUGUUUUUGCACUUAACAUGUGUUUAACUUUAGAGAGAACAGCCCGCUCGUAAGGAAUGCAGAAUAUUUACCGCUGACUCAAGGCCACCGUGGUAGGCAAGUAGCACCAGACACCGGCUUGUGCUCGCAGAUGCGCAGCCCGUAGUCUGACUUUACCGUAUUCUCUGGAUUAUGCGACGCCGCUUGAGAAAGUAAGCUGUAGCCCAAACUAGUUCUCGCUAUAUCAAUGACGUUAUACAUAAAGCACACCAAUUGGAUUGUAAGACGCACCCCCAUCUUUCGCCUUAAUUUCUGGGGGGGUGGGGGGCGGGAGUGGGGGUGGGGGUGGGGGGUUCAUCGUAAUCUCGAGAAUAAGGUCGUGUGUUAUCACACCGAUGGGAUGGCACUGCAGGGAUAGUGCUUGACACACGAUUGGAAGGAUUAGCAUCUCAACUUUUGGUCAACUCAGCCCAUGAUCACUCAGGGGUCGGUAGAAUGAGUAACACUUUGUGGGAAAUCAACAGUGGUGGUCCUACGUAGAUACUCUGUUGGCAUCUGCCAUGGGAGUGUAAACAUUUCCACCACUGGCUCAGGACCACCGAUGGAGAUAAGCGUCCACUCCAUCGCUCAUUUUGAGCAAGGAGGCGCUGACUUUUAUUCUGCUUUUGCCAGCCAAUCCCAAAAGAGUAUCCAUCGCGUCAUUAACGAUCGUCUGGUAGUGUAUACUAGAGCCAAUUUUAUAGCCUGCACUCAAGACAAUGCCACUGUUUUCAUAGUAUUUUUUCUAUAGUUUAUGAAAUAUCUCUUUUGUGAGUAACAGGCAUCUGGGGAGUUUAACAUUGGCCAGGAAUUUUCAUUGUGUUUUUUUUUUCAAAGGGAAAACAGAAUUUAGUAACUCGAGAUUUUUCUUUUUACAAAAGCCUAACCUAAUUAAAAAAAAAUAUACCGUACAAUAUAGUUCAAAGAGAUUAAAAGAUAUCUUUUUCACGAGAUGCAACAACAUUUUUGGAAAGUUGUGACGUAAGCCAUAUUUUUUUUUACUAUCCGUAAACUUGUUACGUUAUUGCAACCAAACUCUCAAAGUGUCAUUUGCAAUGUGUUUUGUUUACUCCAUUGAAAACAUUUAAAUACAAUAAUGACGGUGUUUAUUUUAGAGCCGUAUUCGUUACAAGAUUCACUGCAGAACUAGUUUCUUUUUUUGUGCCAUACCCUGUAACGCAAGUCCUGGAUUGUGUUUUAUAAUAAUGCGUACAGCUCAACCUGCGUGUAAUAUUCGAAGUCCUGGGUGACAUACAAAAAUACAUUUCAUUCACAGUGGCUAAGGGAGAUAGACUACGUCUCGUGUUUGAAAUAGAUGAUGGGGCGGAGAGGAAAGUCUGAUUUAGAUUAGAAAAUAAAUUUUCUCCAUCUCGGCGGAAAACUUUCAGAGAACAUUUACGAUGUCGCAGUUUUUUUUGUUUAAAUCUGUCUUUGUUCGAGGACUCGAUACAAGUCGAUGAUUAUUGUUUAUUUGCAAUUUUGAAUUUUAUCAAAACCGUUUGUGUGUGACCUAGUGAAGACCAUUAAUGACUAUACAAGUAAGUACUAAGGCGGCACUUUUAAUUAAUAUAACGAUUAUUAUUUACAGCCCGUUUGCCAAUCAAAUGCUGGUUGAAAGCCUGCCCGUGCCAUGUUAACUAUGGGGGGGGGGGGCGGGAGGGGUUGCUUGACCAUACUUCACCAUGCUAUUCAGUGCGGGUUUCUGAAGGGGCAGAGAUUCAGGACCGGUUUUGAUAUCGCCUGCCACUUCCAUUAACCAUGGGAAGGAAUCUACGUUAGAUCACCAGGUUCAUAUACAAUGCCUUCGUCUUAACUGGCUAUGGUCCAUUAGUUGAGUCCUUAAUGUGUAUAAAUUAGUCUGACAUUAAUGAGCCAAGGUUUAAAAUAAAAUACACUUCUUAUCUCUGUCGGUUAUGUGUUAAACAAGCUACAGGGGUGAUACGUCCACUUCAGCAGGAGAUGCAUCAUUCUUGUAAGAGGCAGAAGUAGCCAGCAUGUUAAUGUUAUGUCACCAAUAAUAAACUGCUUUUAUGAGA